AUGACAGCCGAAGAAUAUCUGCAGCGUUUUGAUGAUGAUGGAUAUGGCAGUGGUUUAGAAGAAAGAUGUAAAUAUGCCACAAGGCAAGUGUUUUCAAUGUCACAAGAAGAUAGGCUGGUUAAGUAUAUAAAAAAAUGUUCAAACAUGAAUUAUGGUUUGACAUUCGAACAAAUCAAAGUUCUAGUAUACGAUUACGCAAAGAUGCUGCCAAAUUGCAAUUAUCCUCAAAGCUGGAACUCUAAGAAGAAAGCAGAUACGGACUGGCAGUAUAGUUUUAUGAUAAGGAAUUCAACCUUAGCAUUAAGAAAGCCAGAAAGCACAAGUUUAGCUAGAGGGUUAGGUUUUAGUAAAGUCAAAGUGGAAGAAUUUUUUACCAACUACAAAAAUGUUUUGGAGAGGUAUCAGUUUACUCCUGAUCGAAUCUUCAAUUUAGAUGAAACUGGGGUAACCACAGUCCUACGGCCACCAAGGGUUGUGGCUCCGAAAGGGAAAAAACAAAUUGGUCUUAUAGCCUCGGCUGAGAGGGGAGAACUAGUUACCUGUGUAGGAGUCAUUAGUGCUACAGGAAAUGCACUUCCACCCGUUUAUAUAUUUCCAAGAGUUAGAAACAUAGACGAUUAUUUGGAGAACGGUCCAGCUUUAAGUGCAGCAUUUGGCAAUAAGUCAGGGUGGAUGACAGGAGAUUUAUUUAUUAAAACUUUGGAGCAUAUUGUAAAACAUACAAGUUGCAACAAAGAAAACAAAAUUUUGCUCCUCAUGGAUAAUCAUGAAUCGCAUACAACGUUAGCAGCUAUACUUUACGCAAGAGAAAAUGGGAUUGUUCUUCUUUCUUUCCCACCGCACACGUCUCAUAAACUCCAACCUCUUGAUGUUGGAGUUUAUGGACCUUUUAAAGGCAAAUGCGCUGUCUCUUUAAACGACUGGAUGUCGAAUAAUCCUGGCAAAACAGUUUCGGUAAAACAUAUUGCUAGAAUCACAAAAAAACCGUAUUUAGAAGCUUUUACACCAAGCAAUAUUACUAAUGCGUUUGAAAAAACGGGUAUUUGGCCACAUAAUUCCUCACCUUUUAACGAUGAAGACUUCGAUGCUACUUUGGUCUACAAUGAUCAUGGGCAGCAAUCGAAAACAGAGAGAGUUUCUGAAGAACAAUUAAAUCGUGAAUCUGAAGAACCAAAUUUGUAUGGAGAUACAAAUAUGUCCAAUAAAAUUGCAGAAAAAGAUUUUAGAAAUCAACCGUCAACUUCGAAAGAAGCAGUAAUCUUACCAGUUCCAGUUCAAGAUGGGGAACAAACUAAAUUAUCAAAACCAUACAUAUUAAGUCCUGAAGCUGUUAGGCCCCUUCCUAAAGUUAAGAAGGAAAUAAAAACUGUAGGAAGACGACCAAAAGCAAAUCAAGGAAAAUCGAGAAUUUAUACAGAAACCCCAGAAAAAAUAAGGUUGGAGGAAAUUGAAGAAAUUAAAAUGGAAAAACAGAAACAAAAGUCUGAUAGACAAAAAAGAAAAUUGAAACGAUCUUCUAAGAAUAUAGAAUCUCCAAGCUGCAGCGAUUUCGUAAAAAUUAAAAAAAUUAAGCAGGUCAAAAGGAAAGUAUUACUUGAUAGCUCAAGUAGCGAGUCAUCUAAUUCAGAUUUUGAAUGCAGUAGCGAUUCCGAUGUCAACUUAAGUUUUGGGUCUUUACAAGAAGAUGAUAAUAUAGAAAUAAGUAGUUUUAUCUUAGUAAAAUUUGUUUCCCAAGGUAGUGCUCUGCAUUACAUUGGGUGUGUACAAAGUACUGUUUCUGAAAAUUCAUAUCAAGUUAAAUAUCUCAGGCGUAGAGAUUUAUACCAAGAGGCCGUCACCGCUGCCGCCGCCGCCCCCCGCAGCCCGCUGCCGGCUUCCAGCAUCGUAGGCCGUAUCCGGCCGCCCGCUGCCCCCUAUGACGCAGGCAUCGCGCUGCCGCCACCCGGAGCCGGCACCCCGCUGCCCCCCUCGCACGUCUGCACCCCGCUGCCCCCCGCCGCUGCUCAUGCACGCACCUGGUGCCGCCUCUGA